AUGCCCGCAGAGUCCAUCUGGACCUGGAAGCAGAACCCAUCCCCCUGGCCACAGUUCUGCGCUCUCUUCCACGAACGCUGCUGGAGCGUGCUGACACAGACUCUCCCAGGGCUAUCUCACCAUCUCGACGAGUUCAUGGCGACACUGCACGCCGUCGAGCGCGAGAUCAACUCACCCAUCGCGCAGACACCCGAGAACCGCCCGCGCAUCGUCCGCUACCACAACUACCUCACAAAACAGCGCGAGCUGGGCGCAUUCAUGCACUUCGACCCGUGGCGCAUCCCCGAAGUCGACAUCGCCGUGUCCAAGGCGCGGCUCGCGCGGCAGUGGCUGCGCGCCGAGGGGCCGUACCCGUUUGCCCUGCUCCCGCGCGUGCGUCUGCCGCUGGAGAUCCAGAUGCUGAUUGUGGACCAGCUGCACGAUGAGGAGGCGGUGCGCGGCGCGAUGACCUCGUUUUACUGGCAGUUCCCCGAUGCGUAUUGGCGGGCGCGCUUCCCGAAGGUCGUCUUCGAAUAUGACGGCUUCAAGGACGAAGAUUUGCACUGGCCGCUGCUGUACUACCAUACGCAGCGGUUGAUGCGCGAGUCGCAGGGUUUGUGUGCGCGCCAGCAUAUUGUCAACUUUGUGGAGUACCGUUCAUACCGUACAGUACGGCAGUACACCUUCCUGACCCACUAUGCCAAGAGCAAGCUCAAUUAA